ACAGGACUCUUGCUAAUUCGCAAUUACCGCGCUAAUGUGUCUACUGAAUUACAGCGGCUCACACCCCGUUGGUUGAAACGCGGCUCACUGUUUAAAUUACGACUUGCGUGGCGGUGCAUUUGGGAGCUUCCGAGAAGCCAUCGCCAGUGAAAUCACCACCAUCCAUUCUUCAUCCACUGCUGUUUUCUUCAUCCCUCAAUUUAACAUUCUUCGGACCAAUUGCAUGAUAUCGACCAGCAUUGAUGCACCGUAGUCUAUACGAGUAUAGCCGUGCAUGCGGUAUAAAUGCGCACGCGUGUACGGGCGGAGGUUGCCUUUUGAAGUAGCCGCUCGCGAUAUUGCCGCACGGAGCGCAUGCCAAGUACCUUGGGCCGCCGCAGCUCCAGCAUCAUCGCGUGUUUCUCUGCUUGCCGUGUUGGUGUUGUUGUUGUUGUGCGCGCAUCUGCGCACGUGCGCGCGCGAUAACGCAGCGCGUGCACCCGACCCUGACCGGCUCCGCCUUGCGCGAUGCGGCGACCCCCCCCCCCCCCCGGCAUGGAUUGCCGAUGAGAGAUGCAAAAAAAAAUCCAUCCCGAUGGUUUUUUUUUUUGCUCUCCCUCCCUCUUCUCGCGCGAGCAGCUUCUGCAAGCAGCGAGACGCAAACCCUGCAGGGCUCGGGCGCCUCCCUUUCAUCUCCUAACCGCGUCCUGUCGCAUCCCAUCAAAUCUCAUCGCAUUUUUCAUCCACUUUUGAUUUGUACGGAUUUUUUAAAAAAUAUACCUUGGGUGUGCCAGCGAGAAAUCGCUUAAUCGUAAAUAUAUAACGAGAGAGAGAGAGAACGAGGAACAGACGUGCACGUACAGAGUAAAAAAAAAAUAACAACGAUCAUUCCGCUGUCUGUCCAUCAUCGGCCAUGCGAGCUGUGAGAGCGAGCGGCUUCCUGGCCGCCACGCUGAUGCUGAUAUUGGUCCUCAGUGGCCCGUCUUGGUCCAGGCCGACCUCCACAACGGGGUCGUCCCCGCGGGCCUCCAAGGGCGCGCGAGGCUGCCCCGGCCAGCGCCUGUACGCCGCUCAAGACGCGGGGGGGCAGCAGGGUCGGCUGGACCUUGGCACCGUGGUGACGGCGUCGGCGACCGGGGUGAGCGGACGCGAUGUGAUCGCUGCUUGCGCCGAGGCGCGCGGCACCGAUGUGAGGACGACUGCCGUGGUGGGUGGCCGUGGUGGUGGCGGUGGCGGUGACGGCGGUGGGGCCUCGCGAGUUCUCCACUCCAGGGCGAGGCGGUGGCUCGAGUCUCUGGCGCCGGUCGACUUCCCCGAGGAGCACUUCCCCGGCCUCAACUACUGGGGCUUCGGAGACGCAGAAGAGGAUGAAGACGAAGACGAGGAGGAGGAGGAUGGCGUGCAAGUAAGGGGUGAGCGCGGCGAGGGAGAGGAAAAACGAGCAGCGCAGGACGGUGCGGACGACGUGGAUCAAGGUGACGGCGAAGGAGCAGACGUCGUGGAUUAUGACAAACCACAAGGCGAGAAGAAGCUGUGGUCUGAAGAAGCCCUCACUCGUGGUCUCACCCUGGAGGAGCGAGCAGGUGGUGAACAGGAAGCUGUAGACCUGGCUGCCGAUCGCCAGGAGGCAGAGGAUCCUGCAGAUGAUAACUGGAAGGAAGAGGACCCUGUAAGGAGUGAUCCAAAGGUUGAGGAUCAAGCAGAUGACGAUGAAGAGGAUGCUGAAAUCCCUGCAGGCGAUGUGGAACUUGACAGCCCCGCAGAUGGAAAUGUGAAGCUUGAAGACCCCCAAGGUGGACGUGAAGAGAUGCUGGACUCUGCAGGUGGCGAUGAUGAGAAGGCUGAAGACCCCGCGGGUCACCAUGACUCGAACGCGAGUGACUCCACACGCGAAGUGCCGUCCGGCGUUGAUCCACAAACCCAGCCCAACGCCUUAGACACCACGGAGGCGGCUGCCGUCUCUGACAAACACGGAGGGGUCACAGCUGAGGCAGACUCGACAAAGCGCCUGCACAAAGCCACCUCGUGGGGGCUCGGCGUGAACGAAAGUGCCCCUGGUGGAGGAGGUGACGACGACGACGAGCCCGGCAGGGAGACGGAGCUCAACGAAACUUCGAGGCACGGAGACAUCACCAAGGGUGACACCAAGGGUGACGUCUCAGGCAGCACGGACGCCGGGCUCAACCUCACGACCGCUGCAGCGCCGACACAAGUGCUGCAGAGCAACACGUGGCAGCCGGACAAAGCGAGUCGACCAAGUCCAUCGGCUCGCGGUGCUCACGCCGGGCCAGCGGAGGUGAAGGGUCAGCCUGGGCAGGUGGAGCACGCGGCGCCAGCGGAGGCGGGCGGACCGGCGGGACCGGCGGGCAGGCCGGGGAGAAGGCGGGCCGGUCUGCAGGAGGGGGGCGGCGAGGGGCUCCUGGUGGAGGUCCCCUACCCCCGCGGGGGGGCCCCGAGGGGAAACCCCAUGCACGGUUCCCACGGAUACGUCAUAAAGAGCUGGGUUCGGGAGCUGCGCAGUAAGGUGGGCUGCAUGUCGGGGCUGCUCGUGCCGGUGGGGAUCGGCGUGGCCGCCGCCGCCUUCAUGCUGCUGGCCGUGUACGGCCUGCGGGCCGCGGCCACGCGGCGGUGGCGACGCAGCGUCAAGAGGCGACCGCAGAAGAGCGACACCACCAGCACUCAGGAUCGCAUGAUGCUGCUGGCAGGCAGCAGCGAGGAGGAAUUCUAAACAACCUGGGCCGGACCCCACACUCCCCGGACCGCAAACAACACCAACAACAACAACCGCCAGGCGCCACUCGGUGGCGGUGACGUCACCACGGACCGCACACACACACGCACACACACGCACACGCAUGUUCACUCCGCACUCCUCUCCACCACACGCGUGACGGUGGCGCACCGUCAACUCUCAAGCGCGUCCCAACACACGGAACGCAGCGAACCGCGCGAGAGAAUAAAAGUAAAUGAGCGCGUUACCACGGGCGGACCGAGACACAAUUUGGUGCCGUGCGCAAUUACAUCAGUGGGGAUACAAAGGCGGUCGGGCCGUGCCUGCUUUAAGAGAUCACUUGCGUGACGUUUCCCCCAGCGGUCUCUGACGACCGAUGGGGAACCUCUGCGUCUGUGCGUGGAGGGUGAGAGGGUGGCUGAGCGAUGGCGCAGUGGUGAGCGCACCGCACCGCAAGCCUGGUCAUAUAGGUUCGAUUUAGGGCCGCACCUUUAACCUUUUCACUGAGACACGAGGGGGGGGAGACGCAACCACGCGGUAACUUUAAGCCUGCCGCUGGUGAGUUUAAGAUGACUACCGCUGACCAAUCAGAGUCGCAGGCGCCGUGCUAUUAGAAUCGUUGCUGUGGAAUCGAUUACUACAGGGCAUCUGUGAAAAAAAUUGUUUCAUAGCUCAUCGGAUUCCUCCAGCAUAAAUACAUAUUACGAUUCCGAAUGAGGCGAAGUCACGCGGCCGGCGGCGCCUGUGGCACCGCGAGACGAUGUUUGCACGUGCCGACGUCGUCGCGAGGCGUGCACGUGGCGCGUGACAUCAUCGCCUUGGCGAGAAAGGCUUAAUGACGUCACAAUGGGGGGUGCGGGUCCAUUUUCCUCCGUGGGUCCUCGGUCUGUGCCCGAUCGCCCCAAUGGUCAUGCUCCAGCGACAUUGUGCCCAGGUGACCCCGCCAGCCGCUGGCUCCAAGCGUCCCUUAUGUGCUUUUUAAUUACGCUGUGGAUUACUGGGAUUUACUUUUAAUCUUAUUUUAAUUGAUGGCAUUGAAGCCAGACACAACCAAUGGGAAACAAUUCAGAUGGCCGGCCUAUUGUGUUUACAAUGUGGCACAGAGGAAGGAAUGCUGCUAAGAGAUAUUAAGAAAGGGUAGAAUGUUUGUGACACAGGCCGAGGAUUUCCAUUUAUUAUAAUUAUAAAAAAGUCCUUUGUUCAUCUGCCGCUGGAUGAAGGGUUCCACACACCGUGUUGAUCAUGGGGUCUAUAUGAUCAUACUUCGCCAUGCCGGUCAGUGCAGGUUGGCAAGGGGGGGAGAAGGGGGGGUCCACGAUAAGUUCAGAAAUCACUCGCCACUGAUGUUAGAUGUGGCUGGGAGUCACACAACGGUUGAAAUGUAGAGAGAAUUUGGUAAGCCAAAGCAGUUAUUUUGUCGGCACUUCUAAAAUGUGACUUUUUCAGGGAAACGGGAUCUUCAUCGGAGCUCAAUGCUGGGCUUUAAUGAGGCCACAUCAGAGAGACAAAACCCGCCCACAGCGCAAACCCCCCCUCCGGGCACACACUGGCACACGAGGCUAACAAUCGCAACUUCAACAGCGAAAAACUCACACAGCACCCAAAGGAAUUCUAAAACAAAUAACUUGUGAUGAACAAAAUGUGCCUGAACGGGCCCUCUGUAGACUGUGAAAGCAGGGUACGAAUUAAUCACUCCUCCCUUAGCAAGGAUUUAUCUUGUAUUCUCAGAACUGUAAACUGUUACUGUUGCAAGGUCAGACUUUUUGCCAAGAACCAGCAAGCCCGUAUCAGGCUCCUUAAUCUCACCAUCAAUGAACGCACACCGUGAACACUGCGCGUUGCUUAGAAUUAACAGAGAAUCAACAGCUGCCCGCUGUGUUUCGUGGGUCGUACCGCGUGUUUUGUUUUUGCAUUAUGUCCGACGUUUCGCUCCACAUGCUGGUAGGAGCUUCUUCAGGAGCCCCACAACUAAAAAAACUAAACUCUUUGUUAUUUUACCAGGCAAGGCCCACUGAGCUAUAUAGCUCUUUUUCAGAAGCGACCUGGCCACAAAUGAUAGCUCGCCGAAGUGGCUUAUCACGUGGAAAUUCGUAGCAGCCCAUAUACUCUAAACUCAUGUUUCUAAAUGUGGAGGGAAAACCUGGUUGGACAUGGAGAAAAAUCCACGCGACCACGGGAGGAACAUUCAAACUCCAAAUAUACAGCAGGCGGUCAGGAUCUAACCCAGGACCUCCUGCAUACCAGGCGAGGUAGUUAACAUCUCCUAGCCACCGUGGCGCCCCAAAACCGCGUGGAACAAUCGGGAAACACAUCGGACAGCCGGUACACGGCACAACCGCCAAUGCCUAGAGACUCAAUGAGUGCGGCGAGCAGGAUGGGUCACGAAGAGCCCAAAGCGGAGCUGCGUGAGCUGCGACAAAUGGCAUUCAAGAAGUUGCGACUCGACGAGAACGUUUCAAAUGAAGUGCGAAUUUGACGGCGACGGUGCGCCGUGCGGGCAUCGUUAUUGUUUGCAGCAUUGAGGUAUUUUCAUGAUCACCGUCAUCAUAGUUUAGAAUCAAAGUGGUAAAUUUUCACGCACAUUUUCAAGAGAAUGUGCCCUCGUUGCAUAUAUUUAAGUCACAAAAAUAGGAAUAAAUUCCAGGCACACUAGAGACCAUCUUAAGCAACUUAUUUGCUGUCAAGGCCCGCAUCCACCAUAAAGUAGACAGCGUUGACACGAGCCACACCACGAGACGUCCCAGUAUUUUGUACGUUUUGUGCGAACUUUAUUUAUUCAACUUCGCGGGCUGGCCAACAGUCGUCUUCCCCUUUUCCAGCUGCGCGUCGGUGGUGGAAAUUCCACGUUACUUUGGUGGGGUCCAGCCUAGCCCCACGAGACAACUAUCGCAGUCAUCCACCCACUAAGUGGUCGGGGCUCAGCCGAGCGACUACCACGACGGAUGGCCACGGUGUUGAACCAGCGCCGCUGGUGGGGGAUGUGUUCAGCACGUGCUUUAAAUCCAACAUUGGAACGGAAGCUUGCGUAGGCUUUUAAUGUGAUGGUAGUUUUUGUUAUUGACGACGACAUCGUAGGUGUGUGCCGUUAUUCGUACAGUUGCCGCAAAUAGCGUUGGCUUGACAGUGGCGUUCGCCUGUUCCCAGUCGCGUGAUCGUUUGUAACGUGUGGCGUCGUUUUCCGUCUCUUCGUUCGGUUGCGCGUAAAGGGGGUUACUUGUGUGAGACAGGCAACGGUGACUUUGUAAGAAAAAAAAACCCCCACGAAUAAACACAAUUGAUGUCAAUAAAACCGUUGCCACUCUCGUGCGCGCGUCUGAGAACA